AUGGAAAAGAGAGUCAAUUUAGAAACUCUGGGAAGAGAUCCCUCACAGAUAAAAGAGCUUAACUUGGACAACUGUAGAAGCCCUCAAAUUGUUGGUCUAUCAGAUGCCUAUACCAAUCUUGAAAUUUUAAGUCUGAACAAUGUUGGACUCAUUCACCUUAAAGGAUUUCCCACUCUACCUAAAUUGCGAAAGUUGGAACUCUCUGACAACAGAAUAUCAAAUGGACUCAACUUUCUCAGUGGUUGCAAGAAAUUAACACACUUAAAUCUGUCUGGCAACAAAAUAAAGGACUUGGAGACACUAAAGCCUCUUCAAGCAUUUGAAAACCUGAGAAACUUAGAUCUCUUUAACAAUGAUGUCACCAAUAUUGAAGAUUACAGGAGUAAAGUAUUUGCAUUACAUCCAUCACUGAAAUACUUAGAUGGAUAUGACAAGCAAGAUAGGGAAGGGGAAGACAGUGACACUGAUAAAGAAGAUGGAGAAGAAUUGAAUGGAAACAACAGUGAAGAAGAAGGGUCUGAAUUGGAGGAUGAGGAGGAUGAUGAUCAGUUGUCCUUGAGUGCAGUCUAUAAAGCAGAUCUAGAGGAAGAAAGUUCAGCCAGCUCGCUGUACGUAGGCAGCGAUGUAGAGGAGGAGGAAGAUGAAGAAGAUGAGGAGGCGGAAAAUGAAGACGCCGACCAAAACUUUAAGCCACAAGACGGCGUGGACACGCACGAGGAGAGCACUCGGGGGAAGAAACGGAAACACGACGAUGACGACAAC